UGCGACAACGGGAUAUAUUCCAACACAACCAUCCAGUAUUUGAAGUUGUUUGCAGUCGCGGACAGGCACAGCAGGUGGAAAGUCAGGUCGUUCAGGACUGAUCUGUUUUGAGGAGGAGGGUGUGUUCACAUCCGCGCGCUUCUUGGAGUCGCUUUCUUACAGUUCAGGGCAACGACCCACUUCUCUCUUCCGUCUCCAAACAAGCGACAGGCAUGGCCUCAGGUGUAGCGAUCAGCGAUGACGUGAUAGCCCACUAUGAUUUAAUCCGGGUGCGUCUCCAGGGUACAGAUGAGAAAGAGCGGUUUAAAUUGGUGGUCAUGCGCUUGAGCGAUGACCAAAAGACCAUCAUAGUGGACGACAAAAACUGUUUGAAAGUCAAAGAUGUGGAGCACGAAAAGGAUGUCUUCAAAAAGAUCAUCAGUGUGCUUCCUCCCAAAGAGUGUCGCUACGCCCUGUAUGACUGCAAAUAUACUAACAAGGAGAGUGUGAAGGAGGACCUGGUCUUCAUCUUUACCGCCCCUGAUGAUGCCCCCAUGAGGAGUAAAAUGCUGUACGCGAGCUCAAAGAAUGCUCUGAAGGCCAAAUUGCCAGGUAUGAAGUUUGAGUGGCAAAUUAAUGACAACGCAGAUAAAGACUCAUCAAGUCUUGUGGAAAAACUUGGUGGAAGCAAAAUUGUAACGUCUUUGGAGGGGAAGCCUGUCUAAACUUUGACCCAAUUGCCUUUUGUCAGUCUGUCGGCUAUUUUGAAAAGGAUUACCUCUUAAAAACCACUUUUUAGAUAUGUUGAGAAACUGUAUUUCAUUGGGACCAGUAUUUGUAAUUUGACCAUAUGAGAACUCAAUGUUCAUUAAUACCAAUGUAGUUUUCAAUAAAACCGUUUUACAAAGCAUAGUGACCGUAAUCCUGUAUAACAAAGCAUAACUGGACUGUUAUCAAAAGCAAAAGUGUAUACUGAAAUAAAAUCGUAUGAUUUUCAA